AUGACCCAGUUUGCGAGAGACCCUCUUCCAGCACUCUUUUCAAUUGACAACACUAUUACACCUGUUCAAACUCUUCUGAUGUCUGCUAGUCCGCCUUCAAAGGGGAGCCGCAGAAGUAGAGUGCUCAAUUCCUUGUACAAUUAUACCAGUGAUAUGGCAGAAACCCAUGCAGGGAAGAACAGAGGAAUUGCUGCUGGCACAGCCGCUACCCUAUUGGGGAUGGGAAUUGAACAUGUUGAAAAGACUUCUGACGGUGGGAUUCGAGCAAAAGAUGGAAGCUUUGAAUAUUCUGAAGAAGAGCUAGAGGCUGUGAGAGCAAUGGCUCUGUCAGCCGAGGAACACGCGGAAAGGAAGGAGCCAACUCAUUUCAUGGACAGAUUCUUAGAAAGACUUGUCAGUCAUACUGUUCCACAAGAUGCACCAGAAUAUCAUGAGAUUAGCCGGAGAAUCAAAGACCCAUCAAGAAAAAGCAAGGCUCCUUUAUCGAUCCGUAAGCUUGGAUCAAAUUUGAAGAGAUUGAGCUCGAAAAUGGGAGCAUUCUUUAAGCUCCAGUAUGGUGUCAUUCAUGUGAUCACUUGGAAGCAGCCAACCAAGACUAUUUCUGUGUUGGUGAUGUACACGGCUAUCUGUAUGUGGCCUCAUCUAGUGGUUGCCCUUCCAUUACUUGUAUUGUUGUUUGGUAUCAUUGUGCCCGCAUACUUACACCGCCACCCUAUGGAUAUCCCCGAACUCGUGAAAACGAAGAAGAGAGGACAAUCACUUCUUGAGUACUUCAACCAAUCCGAAGAUGAAAGUGUUGUUUUGGACCUAAUAAAUGAGAGAUCUGAGGAGUUUUCAGAUGACCAGGUAUCAAAUGUCACAUUCUCCUCCGACUAUUCUAGAGCUACCACGGCAACAGGCGCAACAGCUGCAACCAGCUCUACUGCGUUUGCUCAAAAGAGUCUCAAUACAGCGGACUCAUUGUCGUCAGAGGAUCUGUCUAAGUUCGUGAAAUCGCAGGUAUCGACAUUCAUGAACAUGAGAGACUUACAAAAUUUGACUACUGACUUACUCAAUGGCUUAGAUCACGCAGAGAAAGUGGCCACUGAUGUGGUUGGAUUCAAGAAUGAAAGACUUACGACAUUUAUAUUUUACAUUUUAAUCGUUGUUACCUCGGUGGUUCUUUUCGUUGGAAGAUGGAUUCCUUGGAGAAUCAUCUUCAUUCAGGCCGGCUGGAUCGGCAUGAUUAUCUGCCAUCCCAACGCCAAGAAGUAUAUCCAAGCCCUCAAGAAAAGAAAACAAGCUGCGAAGGUUAUUGAAGAAGAUGAAGGCGAGGAGACUGAAGAAGAAGAGCCGGUUGAAAAACCAACCAAGCCUUUGCCUCAUGAGACAUUCGACAGACCAGACAUUAUCGUCGAUGACGUCCCCGAGGUUCGUGUUGUCGAGAUUUAUGAGUUGCAAAUCCGCAACGUGCUCAAGCACGAAUGGAAGCUUUAUGGGUAUUCCAAGAGACUUUUCGACUUCGGUGAUAAAGUCAGAAUUUCAGGCAAGAAACCACACGGCGUGGACUCCAUCGGUAAGAUUCUGCCACCCAAGGAGUGGAAAUUUGACUUUGGGUUUGCAAGCAAUUGGCAGGUUGAUAAGGACCCAGAGCACUUUUUACGUGUCCGUGGGGUUGACCAGACUCACUUGAAAAUCAAGGACGACUAUAAAGAAGGCUGGGUAUAUGACAAGCUUCCAGCUGCACAGGAUUCAACCAUCGAAUUCAGAAGACGCAGACUUUACAGAGAAUGCUUCAGAUACGCCCGUCCUGUAAACAAUAAGAUCUUAUAG